AAUUAAUUCUUGUAUUUAAUAAAAAAAAAUGUUCGAUGUCUUUCAGUUAUUUUUGUAAGCCUUUUUUUAAUUAUGUAUUUUUCUUCUCAUUACAGCUUUUCAUUGUGCGAGACUUUGCGAUUUGGAAAUUUUCACUGCGACCUGCUACAAAUCACCUCUGCAUCACUACAACAUCUUAUUAACCCAUCAAUACAUAUUCAGACAAGUUUCAUCACAUUUUAACAUUCACACAUUCACUAACACACACAUACACACACACCUAGUGUUACACAGUUUAAUUUCAUAUAUAUUACUUAAUUUAAUUUUUAUUUGUAAAUAACCACCUUUCCCCGGCAGUUGUCUUCUUUUUUUAUUGUGGUGUUACAGGAUGCCACGUCGAGGACGACGCUCGGAGGCGGCCAAGGUGAGAUGGAGGAAGCUGGAGAGUGUGCCGGUCGUCGCCAAGCCUGAGACACCACCGCUCGCGUCCAGCGCUUGGAGCCCGACUCGGUCCCCGCCGAAGAAGACGUCGCGACUGCUGGAGGGUGGCCUGCCCGACCAGAUGUCGCCUCCCGUGGUGCGCCAGGAGGAGCCCCGUGUGCAAUCGACCUCUCCUGGGUCACGCCGUGGGACGGGGCAUCGCCAUCGGGUCCAGACGUGGCCAGCCUCCCGGGUGACCAGACGGAGCUGCAAGUUGGUUCUGCCUACUGCCGAGGCUCUGGAGAAGAAGUUUGCUCUUUUGGUUGGUGAUUCCCAUCUGCGUGCUAUUGUGGAUGGGUAUUCUACCAUGCCAAAGGGCGACUUCUCCUUAGGGAUGCUUGCAUCCCCCGGGGCCUCUGCGGAAGAGUUGCGGCUUGAGGUGCUGGAUGCAGUUCUGCCUCGGCCCCCCGAGGUGAUCUGUCUUCUGGCCCCAAGUAACAACUUGACCGCCAGCAGGACCUUCGUGGAGGCCGGAGCGGCGUUCGGGGCUUUGUUGCGUACCGUCUGCAACCUCUCUGCUAAUGUGGUCGUUGUGGACUUUCCACCACGCCUUUGCGUGGAGGAAAGUGUGCAACAGCUGCUGCGGCAGGAGUUUCAGCGUGUGGCUGCUCAGAGAAGUAAGUGAUGUACA